UUAGAAAGAACAAAAGCUCUUUUAGAUAUAUGUUCAUAUAUUUUUUGCUCUUAUUAAUACUAUUCUGUUUCUUUCAUUUUAAUAACGAUGGAUAAGAAUACAGUCGAUCCAACCAAGUCGAUUCCGUCAUUUUACGCUGGACAAAGUAUAUUUUUAACAGGCGCAACAGGAUUUAUAGGCAAAGUGUACAUCGAGAAGAUAUUAAGAUCUUGCCCGGAUGUUCGAGAAAUAUUUAUAUUAAUGCGCCCGAAAAAAGGCAUAAACAUUAACGAAAGACUUGAGAAAAUGUUAAGUUUACCAUUGUUUGAUAAAUUACGAGAGAAGCAGUCUUUAAAUUUUAAGAAAUUAAUUCCAGUUCUUGGUGACAUCAGUCAAGAAAAUUUCAAUUUAUCUGUUGCCGAUAGACAAAUGCUGAUUGAACGAGUAACUAUAAUAAUUCAUAAUGCAGCAAGUGUGAAAUUUAAUGACAGCUUAAAAUAUGCUAUCUUUACCAAUACCAGAUCAACGAGAGAUAUAUGUAUUUUAGCCGAAAAUAUAAAGAAUUUAAUAGCUCUAGUAUAUGUUGGCACAGCAUAUGUACAUUUGGAUAAUCCGUUUAUAGAAGAAAAAGUGUAUCCACCUAUAGCUGAUUGGCGGAAAAUGAUCAAAGUGGCCGAAAUAUUGGAUGAACAUAACCUCAGUAUCUUUACAGCUAAAUGUUUGGAUUAUAUUCCUAAUACUUAUCUAUUCUCGAAAAACUUAGCGGAAAGUGUAAUACAUGAAUAUUCUUCAUCAUUGCCGUGUGCGAUUGUGAGACCAUCCAUAGUAACAAAUUCGUUGAAAGAUCCAAUCCCAGGAUGGAUAGAUAACUUUAAUGGACCAAUGGGACUAUGUGCAUUUGGUGGAAAAGGAUUAUUUCGAGUAGCAUAUGGUAGUAACUGUACUUCACAAAAUGACAUGCCAAUAGACAUUGUUAUCAACACUAUAAUUCUUGUAACUUGGAAGCUUGGAUUAACAACUUUUACACCAAAGUCUACAUUUUUGGUCAUAAACUGUACUUUUCCUGAAAAAAGUACAUCAUUUCAAGUCGAAACAAAUAUUAUACUAAAAUUAUUAAAAAAGAUACCUUUAGAAGGAACUGUCUGGACCCCUCGUGUUGUAUUUACUAAGAGUUUAAUUAUAUAUUAUGUGUUGACAAUGUUGUUGCAAAUUUUACCAGCUAUAAUAUUAGAUUUAAUUUUAAAAUUUUCGGGACAUCAAUCUGUGAUAUUAGGACUACAAAGGAAAGCAUACGUGGCCAAUCAUGUUUUGCAUCAUUUUAUGUGUAACGAAUGGAAAUUUGAUAACACAAAUAGUCGAAAUUUGAUGUCUCUAAUAUCACCUGAUGAUCGAGAAAUAUUUUCGAUAGAUCUUUCUGAUAUUGAUAUGACUAAGUAUUUUAGGGAUGCAAUAAUAGGUACCAAAAAAUAUCUUCUUCAUGAAGAUAUGAAUCGAUUAAAAGCAGCUAAAGCACAUUGUAAAAGCAAUCCGUGUCCGGCGAUGUCUCCUGGCGCCAGGUUGAAUGAACAUUUACACUUGCGUAUUUCUUGCCCCCGUUACAAUGUCAUAUGCAACCUCUGUUAAUACCCGAAAUGAGCUCAUUACAGGAUUACGAACGCAUGCGAUACAAUUCGCAAUAAUUCUGGAAUUUUUCAAAGGGUACGUCAGCAAAUGCACCGUAGAUGCGCAAUGUUUGUAUUGAGGUUGUAGAUCGCCAUUUUGAACAUUUAUUGUAACA